AAUAGGAACAGCGAAACGUCACCGGCUGAUUGUUAUCCGUCAGUUAAUGUCACUCAUCGAAUUAUGCUAUUGCCAUAGAGUUCAUAUUAGGUUAUCGAUAAAUGAUAAAUACAACUAUUGUUUUCACGAAUAAAAGCAUAAUUUAAUGAACAACAGAGAGAAUAGUGUCUAAAAUAUAUAAGUUUUAACAAAUAAAAUGCGUGUUAAAUUAGUAAAUACAUAUAUUUUUACCGGAACUCGCAGAUUUAGUGAAUUUUCAUCACAGUUAAUAAAGAAACCGGCAAGAAACCCACUGUCAAAAAUAAACCUUCAGGAGAAAAUUACUUUAAGAAAUUUUAGAACUUCAACAAUGAGUAAUCAGCUCCUAAAUAGCAAUGUAUGGGACAAUGAUCCUGAACUUUUUGAGCUCAUUAAAAAGGAAAAACACCGGCAACAGUCUGGUCUUGAGAUGAUAGCUUCGGAGAACUUCACUUCAGUUGCUGUCCUCCAAUGUCUGAGUUCCUGCCUCCACAAUAAAUAUUCUGAAGGAAUGCCUAAUCAGAGGUAUUAUGGUGGCAAUGAAUAUAUUGAUGAAAUAGAAAUCUUAGCACAGAAACGCUGUCUGGAAGCUUACAGACUCAAUCCAGAAGAAUGGGGAGUCAAUGUCCAACCUUAUUCAGGUUCCCCAGCAAACUUUGCAGUCUACACUGGUAUUGUGGAGCCACAUGGUAGAAUUAUGGGUCUAGAUUUACCAGAUGGUGGCCAUCUCACUCAUGGCUUCUUCACUCCUACCAAAAUAUCAGCUACAUCAAUUUUCUUUGAAAGCAUGCCAUAUAAGGUAGAUCCUGUAACAGGUCUGAUAGACUACGAUAAACUCGCUGAAACCGCAAAAUUAUUUAAGCCACGUCUCAUAAUUGCCGGAAUAAGCUGCUACUCACGCUGCCUCGACUACAAAAGGUUCAGACAAAUUGCUGACGAAAAUGGAGCAUAUUUACAUUCUGACAUGGCACAUAUAUCGGGCUUGGUCGCUGCUGGCGUUGUCCCAAGUCCUUUCGAAUACAGUGACGUAGUUUCUACUACUACACACAAGACACUAAGAGGGCCUCGAGCCGGUGUCAUAUUCUACCGCAAAGGUGUUCGUUCAGUCAAGCCAAAUGGCACCAAAGUAAUGUACGACCUUGAAAGUAAAAUCAACCAAGCGGUAUUCCCGGGUCUACAAGGCGGUCCUCACAACCACGCUAUAGCAGCUAUAGCAACUACCAUGAAGCAAGCCACAACACCACAGUUUGUAGAAUACCAAAAACAGAUAAUUAAAAAUGCACAAAGAUUAUGUGAAGGGAUGAAAUCUCGUGGAUAUAACAUAGCUACAGGAGGGACCGAUGUGCACCUCGCUUUAGUAGACGUGCGUAGCGCCGGCCUCACGGGGGCAACGGCCGAGCGUAUUUUGGAGUUGUGUAGCAUUGCCUGUAAUAAGAAUACAGUACCCGGAGAUAAGAGCGCAUUGAAUCCCAGUGGUAUUAGACUAGGUACUCCUGCUUUAACUACAAGAGGAUUGAAAGAGUCCGAUAUUGAUAAAGUGGUUGAUUACAUUGAUAAAGCACUACAAAUUGCCCAAGAUGCUAUAAAAAUAUCAGGGACCAAAUUGGUGGAAUUCAACAAAGUUGUACAGGACAACUCCGAUAUUAAAAAUAGAAUCACUACUCUGAAAGCAGAAAUUGAAAAAUACAGCCAAUCAUUUCCUUUGCCUGGCUUGGAAACAUUAUAAUUGUAUUAUUAUAAUUGUUUUGUCAUGUUAUUUUGAUAUUACAAAUAAAUGUAUAAGUUUUGUAUUAAUUUACAAUUGAAAUCUCCACUUCAUUGUAAGUUUUAUUAUUUUGAUUAAAUAAGCACCAUUAAUUUUAAUACAA